CUGUGCUUCAGUGGGCUUUUCACUACCUUUAGUUAGUUGCACUAGGCUGGUUGCUAUUUACUUUGCAUGGUUGACUGCUCUCUUCCCACAUUGUGUGCCAGGAAGGGCACUGCACCUUGGUACAAACGCUGCUGGGCACCUUUCUGUUUUCGUUCUUUGCUUCAUCCUAUACAAGUAUGCAGUACAAUCUUUGGUUGUUUCAUGAGCCCUGGGGGCACGUUGGAAGGAACUGAGAGAAAGAGCAACAAAGCGGCGAGUGGUGUGACAGGGCAGCAUGCGCUGUGGGUCUUUUUGCCAUUCCUCCAGGACAUCCACCAUAAGGAAAGGAGACCCUGGACCAACAUUCUCUAAGAUGUUUAUAUGGACCAGUGGCCGGACCUCUUCAUCUUAUAGACAUGAUGAAAAAAGAAAUAUUUACCAGAAAAUCAGAGACCAUGACCUCCUGGACAAAAGGAAAACAGUCACAGCACUGAAGGCAGGAGAGGACCGAGCCAUUCUCCUGGGAUUGGCCAUGAUGGUGUGCUCCAUCAUGAUGUACUUUCUGCUGGGAAUCACACUCCUGCGCUCAUACAUGCAGAGCGUGUGGACCGAAGAGUCUCAAUGCACCUUGCUGAAUGCAUCCAUCACGGAAACAUUUAAUUGCUCCUUCAGCUGCGGUCCAGACUGCUGGAAACUUUCUCAGUACCCCUGCCUCCAGGUGUACGUUAACCUGACUUCUUCCGGGGAAAAGCUCCUCCUCUACCACACAGAAGAGACGAUAAAAAUCAAUCAGAAGUGCUCCUAUAUACCUAAGUGUGGAAAAAAUUUUGAAGAAUCCAUGUCCCUGGUGAAUGUUGUCAUGGAAAACUUCAGGAAGUAUCAACACUUUUCCUGCUAUUCUGACCCAGAAGGAAACCAGAAGAGUGUUAUCCUAACCAAACUCUACAGUUCCAACGUGCUGUUCCAUUCACUCUUCUGGCCAACCUGUAUGAUGGCUGGGGGCGUUGCAAUUGUUGCCAUGGUGAAACUUACACAGUACCUCUCCCUACUCUGUGAGAGGAUCCAACGGAUCAAUAGAUAAAUGCAAAAGUGGAUAAAAUAAUUUUUGUUAAAGCUCAAAUACUGUUUUCUUCCAUUCUUCACCAAAGAACCUUAAGUUUGUAAUGUGCAGUCUGUUAUGAGUUCCCUAAUAUAUUCUUAUAUGUAGAGCAAUAAUGCAAAAGCUGUUCUAUAUGCAAACAUAAUGUCUUUAUUAUUCAAGAGAAUAAAUAACUGUUUUGUGUUGGUUGGUGGUUUUCAUAAUCUCAUUUCUGUACUGGAACUAGUACUUUCUUCUCUCAUUCUGCCAAUAUAGGGCUCAGUUAUUCAUUUGCCAAGCUUUGUGGAGGAAUGUAGGUGACAUCAAUGUGAAAAGUCUGUGUUCUGAGUUGUCAGAUCUCUUGAAGACAAUAUUUUUCAUCACUCAUUGUUUACUAAAGCUACAGCCAAAAAUAUUUUUCUUUUCUUAUUCUAAACUGAGCCCUAUAGCAAGAAAAGGGACCAGAUUUCCUAAUUAAAGGAAGUUAGGUACUUUCCUUGUAUUUUUUACCAUAUCACUGUAAAGAAGAGGGGAAACCCAGCCAGCUACUUUUUUUCAUCACUUUUUAUUCAUAACUUCAGAUUUUUAAAAUUAAUUUCCAAAAUAUAAGCUGUUUUCAUUAGCCAAUUCUAUAAUAUCUUCCUGUGAUUUAUGUAGAAAAUGAACAGACCCCUUUUCCAUUUAAGACCCUUCUACUGUGUGAAGAGAUGAUGAUACCUACAAGGAGUAUCAUUACCUGUGAGUUGACUGAAUAUUAGUAGGUGCUCCAUUACAAUCCAGAAAAGCCUGUGUUACUGAUACUUGUGUGGAAAUCUUUAUUUCAUUUCAAUUUACCUGUUAGAUGGUAAAAUUAAGAUGCUACUUGCUGGUAAAAAUUGGUGGACUGGUUUCAAUGGGUAAAUCUGUUGUGGCAAAUUAACGUGUUGGAAAAUUGCUCUUUGGGAAUUUGUGUUUAAGUUAAUGAAUGUGUAGUAUCUCCUUCUGACAAGUGUUCCCUAUUGGGAUUUUUAAAGCUAUGUGCACAGAAUAUUAGUCUCUUCUACAUGUUUUAUUUUUCUAUUUACAACUCCCUUUUUUGUUGUUAUAUUUUAUACACAGAAUAGAUCUUUUUUCUAACACAUAUUUGAACUGAAUAACAGACUUAAAGAAAGCCUUUGUUCAUAUUACUAUUUACUUAUUGUGUUUGGGGGAAAAUAUAAGGGAUUGAUUUUAAAUAAAAAACAUUCCAUCUUUCAUUUAAUAUCAAUAUCAAAAGAAGACGACAAACAUCUAUCUUUCUCAUCUAUAUUUAAGUACCUUUUUGUAAUGUAGUAUCAAAGUAUUUUAGGUAUUGCAAAAUUUUACAAAUCAUUUGUGGAAUGAAUGGUAAAACUAAUCUGAUGAAGUGGAAAAUUAUUCUGCAAUAUUGUAAUUCAUAGUUUGACUUUUCAUAAGCAAAUAAAUCCCUAGGAUGUAAUCAGGACUUCAAAUGUGUAAUUAAAAUUUCUUUUAAAAAAUCUA